CAGAAAAGGUUGGGGCAAGGGAAACUUUUAAAAGAAAAAAAGGGACAAGUUCAUGCAGGUUGUUUUGAAACAAAGUCCACUGAUUGCUUAGGCUGGUUGUAGGAGCAGCGUUUAGCUCACUGGGUGAACAGCUGUUGUGCCACUUUCUGUCCUCACCACACGUGGCUCGUCCACAAUACUAUGGCUUCGAGGAAUUCCUCAGAUGGCUUCUUCAUGAGCGUAGGGGUGCGGUCCUCAUUCGUGGCCUCUGAUUCCGAUUUUCGAUGGUUUGGCGUGACUUGAGUUUUGCUACUGACAACAUCUAUCCACGUUCCUCAAUAAACCCCUUCUCUGAAUAAUCUAGAUCUGGAUUUCUAACAGACUCUUAAGUUCCAGUAACAACUGACUACUUCAUUGGAGUUUCAGAAGAAAAGUUAUGUAAGUAUUUCAUAAGUAGAUUGAGAUGCAAAUGGAAUACUGAGUCUCUCCUUGUCUCUCAUUUCUAACAGUUGCUUUCCUUUGCUAAUUCCUGAAAUAAAAGAAUUGAAAGGAUGAGUGAACUGGAACAGCUGAGGCAGGAGGCGGAGCAGCUGCGGAACCAGAUCCAGGAUGCUAGGAAAGCGUGUAAUGAUGCAACCCUUGUUCAGAUGACAUCAAAUAUGGACUCAGUGGGUCGAAUACAGAUGCGGACGAGGCGUACGCUCCGGGGCCACCUCGCCAAAAUCUACGCGAUGCAUUGGGGCUACGACUCAAGGCUACUGGUCAGUGCUUCUCAAGAUGGAAAAUUAAUUAUUUGGGAUAGCUAUACAACAAACAAGAUGCACGCUAUUCCGCUGAGGUCCUCCUGGGUGAUGACCUGUGCUUACGCCCCUUCUGGUAACUAUGUUGCUUGCGGAGGCUUGGACAACAUCUGCUCCAUAUAUAACUUAAAAACCAGAGAAGGCAAUGUGAGAGUGAGCCGGGAGUUGCCUGGGCAUACAGGCUACUUGUCCUGCUGUCGUUUCUUAGAUGACAGCCAAAUUGUUACAAGUUCAGGAGACACAACCUGUGCUUUAUGGGACAUCGAAACAGCCCAGCAGACCACCACAUUCACUGGGCAUUCUGGAGAUGUGAUGAGCCUUUCCCUGAGUCCUGACAUGCGGACGUUCGUUUCUGGUGCUUGCGAUGCCUCUUCCAAGUUAUGGGAUGUUCGCGAUGGGAUGUGCAGGCAGUCCUUCACGGGCCAUGUCUCAGACAUUAAUGCUGUCAGUUUUUUCCCAAAUGGCUACGCCUUUGCCACCGGCUCUGAUGAUGCAACUUGCCGGCUCUUCGACCUCCGCGCGGACCAGGAGCUGUUACUGUAUUCUCACGACAACAUCAUCUGUGGAAUCACCUCUGUAGCUUUCUCAAAAAGCGGGCGCCUCCUGUUAGCUGGUUAUGAUGAUUUCAAUUGCAAUGUCUGGGACACGCUGAAAGGAGAUCGUGCAGGUGUCCUUGCUGGUCAUGACAACCGCGUCAGUUGUUUAGGUAUAACGGAUGAUGGCAUGGCUGUGGCCACAGGCUCUUGGGACAGUUUUCUUAGGGUCUGGAAUUAACAAUGUUGUAUAUUUCUUCUGUUCUCCAUUGCUAUCUGGAGAAAUCUAUGCUACAGCCUAUAGCUGUGAAAAUAAAUUCUACCUUAUAUUUGCAGGUGAAGAUUUUUAUUAUUGUAUUACAUACAAAAAGCUUUCAGUAAA